AUGCACCGUAGGCUUUCUUCCUCUGAGAAGGGGAAAGCAGUAGAUUUGGAGCAUCUCCCUGCGCCACAGAAGGCGAGGGUUCGAGUUUCGGAACCAGAUUUAUCAGGGCUGAAAGAAAAGCACUCUCUCACCCUUAUUGGAAGAGUCACCAAACCAUCUGUCCAAAAGGUGGGAUCUCUUAUUUCUUUCUUCACCGACCACUGGAAGGCGGACAUUCCCUCGGUGGGAUCCGACCUUGGGCUGGGUAUGUUCAAGUUCCAAUUUGAGCUUGAGUCGGAUCUUCUCACGGUGUUGGAAAAGCAGCCGUACCAUUUCGCUCGCUGGAUGAUUAUCCUUCAGAGGUGGGAGUCCACGAUCUCACCUUACUUCCCCUCGAUGAUCCCUUUUUGGAUAAAAAUCUUCGGGAUUCCGAUACACCUUUGGACCGAACCAACCAUACGUAGUCUUGGAGAAGACAUUGGAACGUAUGAAACUGCUGAGAUCACCUCUACUUCCAUCAGAAUGAGAGUUCAUGUAAAUGGAAGACUCCCUCUCAUAAAAACUCAGUGCUUGAGUAUCCAAAUGGAGAUGAGGAAGUUAGAUCAUGAACUUGGAGACUGUCUAGAGGCCAAGGCGCAAAGGAAAGCCCUACUAGUGGCACAGGGCAGCAAAGCAAGAAGUAAGGAUCCUCCCGAGCCACCGAGAAGAGCUCAUGAGAUGGCUCUCCUUAAAGCCAACACUACUCUUCAUCACCAUCAGCGACGUGAGCCAUACCAGCGAUCUUCCCAAAAUAGGAACUCAAACCGUACUUCAUCCCUUAUAUUUCUCUAUGGAGGCUCCCUACUAGAAGCAGGCGUCAUGAUCGCCUGGUGA